AUGAGUUUCGCCGGUCCGAAAGAAGUCAUAGCUGAAGGUGAUACCGUUGUGCUGUAUCUAACACCAGCCGCAAUGCACACGAUCGAUGCGGUGCCACAGAUACGCAACAAAAAGAACGAAAUGAUCGAGUACGUGUUCCAAACGAGUUUCGGUGCGUUAAAGGUGCGCGAUCUAAUCGGAGCCCGGUAUGGUUCACGCGUUCAACUCACGAAGGGCUGGGCGCACGUCCUACAACCGAACCCGGAGCUGUGGACUCAAACACUUCCACACCGCACACAGAUUCUCUACACGCCCGACAUCAGCAUGAUACUGUAUCAGCUGGAAGUGCGACCGGGAAGCAUCGUGAUCGAGUCCGGUACCGGUUCCGGUUCACUAUCGCAUUACUUUCUGCGCGCCAUUCGUCCGUCGGGCCACCUGCACACAUUCGAUUUCCACGAGGAGCGUGUUCUAAAGGCGCGUGAAGAGUUUGUCGCCCAUGGACUAGGCGAUAAUGUGACCGUGCGACAAAGGGAUGUGUGCGAACAGGGAUUCGGCGACGAGCUGAACGGUGUAGCGGAUGCCGUGUUUCUGGAUCUACCGGCACCACAGCUCGCCGUCCCCCAUGCGGCAAAAGCACUGAAAGAUGAAGGUGGUCGCAUAUGUUCAUUUUCACCCUGUAUCGAACAGUCGAUGCGAGUCUGCGAGGCGCUUGGCAAGUGUGGUUUCAUCGAGGUGCAGAACAUUGAAGUGCUCCAAAUCGAGGAUAUCGUCCGUACUCGUAAUGUUCCCGUAAUUGAGCUAGAUUUUCUCAAAACGAAGGAGACGGAGAAGGAUAUGAAAACGCCACGGGAAAACAAAAAGUACAUAACCUCGUCCGCACCGCAUACGAUGGCCGGUCACACCGGGUACUUAACGAUCGCCGAAUUGCCACCGCUCUUUGCCCGGUAA